AUAAAAAAAAAAAAAAAAUGGCUGACCACUACACAGAGCUCAACCAGAUCAUUCGCAGAGACGCCUCUCUCUGUAACGUAAUUGCGAGGUCAUAAAAUAUGGUAAUGAAGGCAGCUUCGCGGCGGGAGUCGAUCACCAAGGUGUUCGAGAGGGUCGGGGUGUACGGAUUCGGCGGCCGGAAGAAGUACAAAUUCGUGAUUCGUGACUACGAUGAAGACGCCGCCGGAGCCCUAGAAAUGGAGCAGGUCGGCGCCGACCAGGCCAAGAAUGUGCUGAUUCUCAUGAGCGACACCGGCGGCGGCCACCGCGCCUCCGCUGAGGCCAUCCGGGACGCUUUCCACCUCCAAUUUGGGGCCGAGUAUAGGAUCUUCGUGAAAGAUGUUUGGAAAGAGUACACGGGAUGGCCGUUAAACGACAUGGAGAGGCAGUACAAGUUCAUGCUCAAACACGUGCACCUUUGGAAAAUGGCGUUCCACAGCACCUCGCCGCGAUGGAUACACUCCGCCUACCUUGCCGCCAUGGCUGCUUAUUACGCCAAGGAGGUGGAGGCUGGUCUGAUGGAGUACAACCCGGACAUCAUCGUCAGCGUCCAUCCUCUGAUGCAACACAUUCCUCUGCAGGUGCUAAAAUGGCAAAAUCUACACAAGAAAGUGAUCUUCGUCACAGUGAUAACCGACCUCAACACUUGCCACCGCACGUGGUUUCAUCCAUCUGUGAACCGGCUAUAUUGCCCUUCCGAGGCUGUGGCGAAGAGGGCCUUGCUGGAUGGUCUGGCCGAGUCUCAAAUUCGCGUGUUCGGAUUGCCUAUAAGGCCAUCUUUCUGCCAGUCGGUUCUUUCCAAGGAUGAUUUAAGAGUGGAACUUGAGAUGGACCUGCAGUUGCCAGCUGUGCUGCUUAUGGGAGGCGGAGAAGGCAUGGGACCGGUGAAGAAGACAGCCAAAGCUCUUGGAGAAUCCCUGUUUGAUGAAGAGCGUAGGCAACCAUUAGGACAGUUAAUCAUAAUUUGUGGCCGUAACGAAAUUCUAGCCUCUGCAUUACAAUCACUCGACUGGAAAAUCCCCGUGAAGGUCAGGGGAUUCGAGAAGCAGAUGCAGAAAUGGAUGGAAGCUUGCGACUGCAUCAUAACAAAAGCAGGUCCAGGAACCAUCGCAGAAGCGUUGACACGGGGCAUUCCCAUCAUACUAAACGAUUACAUUCCGGGGCAGGAGCAAGGGAAUGUCCCUUACGUAGUCGACAAUGGCGCAGGGGUGUUCACUCGAAGCCCCAAUGAAACUGCAAGAAUAGUGACAGAGUGGUUCAGCACGAAGCAGGAUGAGCUCAUGAGAAUGUCGGAAAAUGCACUGAAACUGGCGCAGCCCAAUGCAGUGUUCGACAUUGUGAAGGACAUUCAUGAGCUGGCACGCCAACGGAGUCAUUCCGCGAGCAUUCCCUACAUGUUGAGCUCAUCGUUCUCUAACUUGAUAUACUAGAAAAGGGCAGUCUUUUAUUUUGGGGGACUAAGGUUGUCCUCGUCUUCUUGUAUAUGUACAUUUUUACUAUUCAUUCUUUCACCUCCCUGUAGUUGAUGCUGUCACAAGUUCAUUCCUAUACCACCGUGCCAAUCCUAAAGGGACUUAUUUUGUUAUUUUAUGUUUCAUUUCAUGUUAUAUGGUAUAGACAUUCUCGAACGUGAACUCA